GCCCACCGCUCGCUUCGCUGGCUAUUACUCCGUCUUGGCGCGUCCGGGGCUCAGGAUCAUCUCGAUCAACACGAAUUAUUGCUAUAGGCUGAAUUGGUGGUUGCUGUACAAGUCCGUCGACCCUGGCAUGGUGCUCCGCUGGCUGGUGAGUGAGCUGCAGCAAGCCGAGUCGAGAGGAGAAGUGGUCCACAUCAUAGGCCACAUCCCGCCCUUCUAUUCGGAUUGCUUCGCUCAGUGGGCGCACCAGUUCUCCAGGAUUGUCUCCAGGUACGCCCACAUCAUCCGUGGGCAGUUCUACGGGCACUCGCACCAGGACGAGUUCCGCGUGCACUACGACGUCAACGCCCCCAACAAGCCCAUCGGCGUGCAGUACGUGUCCCCCAACAACGGGCCCUUCCACGACCUCAACCCCUCCUACAGGGUCUUCUACAUCGACGGCGACCAUCCGGAGACCACGAGGAACGUACUGGACUACGAGACCUGGGUGAUGAACCUAACCCACGCCAACAAGUACGACGCUCCUCACUGGUACCAGCUGUACACCGCCCGUCGCGAUCUCCAGCUGCCAUCCCUCGACCCCCGGCACUGGGAUCAGCUGGUUCAGCGCAUGGCUCGGGACCCUCAGCUGUUCGCGCGGUAUCACAGAUACCAAGUCCAGGACAGCGACAGCGCGUUAUCCAAAGGCUGCGACGCGGAAUGUCGGCGGAACACCCUCUGCGCCAUCGUCGAAGGAGACAAGUUCAUGCCGCGCAAAUGUCGCCCGCAUGAUUGAUCCCACCGACAUAUGUCACACCUCGACAUAUUUUUCUUUUGUUACACCUUUACCUACUGAUGUUGUAGAGUAUCUCUAUUUUUUACUUAUAUAAUAAAUGCACAAAGUUUU